GGAUCAAUAUGCGUUUGAUAUGUUCUAUAGAAGCUGAGAUGGCUGGAUCAAGUGUGCUUAAGCAAGGGUCAUUUGACAGAGGAAUACGCAGCAUCACAGUGGCCUCUAAGCUCAUGGGCUAUGUAUAUGGGGAUUUCAGUUUGGGCUUUGCUAUAUUGGGUUUAACAAAACUGAGGUAUAAUCACAGAAAGAAAAUGAUAUUAAUAACUCAAAGGAGGUGGAGACACAUAAAAACUUUUGAACAGAAAUGGAAAAAGAGACGUAAUCCUUCUUGAAAUUCCUGUCACAACUUUCGUAACUUGUUGGAAUUUCUUUCAAGAACCUCAAUGAUGCUAAUCAUAUCCGAAACACGCGCAUUCUGGUUCCUCUGACUUGUGCCGAGGGAGAAAGUCUUUUAGGUUUUGAAGAUGGUGGAGAUUUAGAUCAUUUUCUGCACCCACCUCUCCUCUAACCAGCUCCUCCCUUAUGGUCAAAAUCCAUCACAUCAAGCCUGUCACCAUCAUUGAUAGGUUUGGUAUUAGGGCAUAGUGAUGGCUACUUAUGAACUGCUUCUUAAUUAAAGACAAGUAAGAGAUCAAUUGAUAUGUGUUUGACCGUUUGUCCAUUGAAGACGGCUAUUCCCGAGAUGAUACUGAUAUUGCUUAAGACAAGAAGAAGAAUUUAAACAUUGAAUGAUUUUUUCACACUGGAAGGAACCACGUGAUGAAAUGGACAUGAAGAGAAAAGGGUGCUAGGUUUAAUAUAAAUAGAAGUAAGAAGCAGUUAGUGGUUGUGAAGAGAGGAAGCAAGCGACCAAACCUCAGAGAAAUAACAGUAUUAGAGGAAGAAAAGAGAAACAAGACCGUUGUUAAUUAGAUACAGGAGAUCAGCGAACAUGGGAAGAUCUCCUUCCAGUGAUGACUCUGGUCUCAAGAAAGGUCCUUGGACUCCUGAAGAAGAUGAGAAACUUGUGAACUAUGUCCAAAAACAUGGCCAUAGUAGCUGGAGAGCUCUUCCUAAGCUUGCUGGUCUUAACAGGUGUGGGAAGAGUUGUAGGCUAAGAUGGACGAACUACUUGAGACCUGACAUCAAGAGAGGGAAAUUUUCUCCAGACGAGGAACAAACUAUCUUGAACCUUCAUGCAGUUCUUGGAAACAAGUGGUCAACGAUUGCAAACCACUUACCGGGGAGAACAGACAACGAGAUCAAGAACUUCUGGAACACUCAUCUGAAGAAAAAGCUGAUCCAAAUGGGAAUAGACCCAAUGACUCACCGGCCUAGAACUGAUAUCUUCUCCAGCUUAUCUCAGCUCAUGUCUCUGUCCUCUAACUUAAGAGGUUUUGUUGAUAUGCAGCAACAGUUUCCAAAUGGUCAAGACCAAAGUAUACUGAAACUCCAAACCGAGAUGGCCAAACUCCAGUUGUUCCAAUACCUCCUUCAACCACCUACCAUGAACAACAACAUUAACAACCCUAAUGACUUUGACAUUCUCAGUCUCCUUAACACCAUUGCCUCCUUCCAAGACACCACCAGCAACAAUCUAGACCUUGUUUCCUAUCUUCAGGACUUCAACAACUUACCAUCCUUAAAAACCCUAAACUCCAACAUUGGACCAUCAUCUGUAUUUCCCCAAAUUCCUGAAGACAAUCACUUCAAGUUCUGUAAUGAAAGGGAGAACUUACCAGUAUCUCCAGUCUGGCUCUCGGAUCCUUCCAACUCAAACCAGAACAUGUUACCUUCUCUUGCUCCUUCAUCUGCUGUGAGUGAUGAUAUGAUUAGAAACCAAUACGUUAUUGAUCAUGUCAAUAGCAAUAUCACCUCUUCAAGUCAAGAGUCAGGAGCUUCAGCUUCAGCUGCAUGGCCUGAUCAUCUAUUGGAUGAUUCCAUCUUUUCCGAUAUUAUUCCCUAGCCUUUUCUGGUAUGUUUUGGAGGAACUUGAAAUCGAAUUUACGCUUGGGAGUACUGUGCUUUGUUGGAUCAUUUAUUUGCAUAUAUAUUAAUAUAUAUUGUAGAAACAUAAUAUGUAUGGGUGUUCAUGUUGUAGCAUGUACAGUAUUGUACAGGUUUCAUAACUCAUAUGUGUGCUGUUAUCAAUGUCUUUACUCUUUAGCAUAUGUUUGUACCUUAUCGCCGUGUUUUUAUAUAGAGAGAUAACUUUUGUGAAGUGGAGGUCACUUCUAGUUGU